AUGAACUAUCCACGUAACCAAGAAGCUGUAAAGAAUGACAUGCUUUCCGUCGCACAUGAUCCACACAGACUAAUAUUUCAACUUCGCUACUCCAAAAAUGAAAACUAUCACCACCACCGCCUCUGUCUUCCUGAUUCUCUUUUCAUAUCUUCCUUCUGUCUGGCAACUCGACCCGCUACUGAUCGCUUCAAGGGGAACAGCGACAAAGGAGGAGGAGGAGCAGGGGACAACUAUGGCGGUGCUGGAGGGUAUUAUGGGCCGGGGGCUGGGUUUAUUCCCGGAUUCGGGAAGGGAUUCGGGGAUGGAAUUGUUGGAGGAGGAUACGGGGCGGGUUAUGGAGGUCCGAACGGAGGCUCCUCCAGAGGUGGUGUCAUAAGACCAACCGUUGUGUGCAAAGAGAAAGGCCCUUGUUACCAGAAGAAGGUCACGUGCCCCGCCAAGUGCUUCUCCUCCUUCAGUCGCUCCGGCAAGGGAUACGGCUCCGGCGGCGGAGGCGGCAGCUGUACCAUCGAUUGCAAGAAUAAAUGCACCGCUUAUUGUUAAAGUGGCCUUAGCCUAGCUUAUAUCUGGUACUAUCGGAGUUAUAUACCGUUAUUAGUACUCGCUUAGGCUUACUUUAUCACUCUCUCUCUCUCUCUCUCUCUAUAUAUAUAUAUAUCUAUAUCUAUAGGUUGGCUUGUUUUGGGGGUUUGCUUAUGAUAAUCUCUAUAGGAAGAUCGUGUAUGGGAGAUUAUGUGAUGGCAGAGGGUUUGUGGACUCAUUUGUGCCUAUAAUAAAUUAAGAGAGUAUCUGUAUGUUACUAUUAAUUAAUCUGCUGUUUCAUCUC